UUUUUUGUUUUUGUUUUGUUUUGCUUUUUUAAAGUGCAUGUUGUCCCUUUCCUUUUCACCUACAUAGGCAUAGGUUGAGACGCUGAGUAGAUCUACGCAUCCAUUUUUUUUCAUUUUCUCGAUAGCAAUACAGUUUGCCCUGCCGUGCUUUGGACCAGUAGAGAAGGAAAUGAAAAGUUGCUCCUGACUUUGAACAUCCCUGUAUGAAUCUAAAACUUUCAAUGAUGACCCAUAUCUGAGUGUUCAAGCUCAGGUAACUAAAUUGCUUUACUUGGCGUUACAUUGGUGGUGAAGACUUGAGCUUAUAUAUGUAGAGCCAGUUACUAGCAAAUCACUCAGCAUGCCUCCGUUGACUAAAGGCAAUAAUGACCUGGUGGAAUCAGCUGCAUCAAUGGACGGUGCACUGUUUUCAGGGCCAAAACCUAUUAUGGGCUGGAGGCUCUGUUUGGUGAUGCUGGAUGAAUGCAUCAUGAUGGCCUUCUGCGUGCUGACUAUAAUUGCUGCAGCGGAAAGGUCCAUGCCAGAGUUCAAACAGAAAGAAGAGGCAGAGAAAACUGGCGAGAAGCCACCUUCUGAUCCAAUUCCUACAUUUCAGCUUGACGCAAGCCUCUUCCUUGUCAUCCCAAUCUCGUUCUCAGCAUCUCUGCUGCUUUUCUUUUUCUUCUUUUCUCAACUGGAGUUUAUAAUGGCUAUCUACAUAUCCGCGUUUACCAUGGUUGCGGUAGCCUUCUCUGUUCAACCAAUCUGCUCGUGGCUGAGCUAUGUCCUAUGCGGCUUGACAACAGCCAGUGUGGGCUUUCCAGUGCUAGGCGAAGUAGCGGUCACGACUCUGAUUUCAUCAGCCGUCGGGGUCUUUGCUGUACUGGCAUGGCUUGUAACAGCUCACUGGAUUCUUCUCGAUGUGUUAGGCAUUGCCCUGGUCAUCUGGAUGUUGUGUCAUAUCAAGCUACCCAGCAUACGCGUGGCUACCGCGCUGUUCGUUAGCUUGAUGAUCUACGAUGUGUUCUGGGUGUUCUUCUCGGAGCGUAUCUUUCACAAGAAUGUCAUGAUGGAUGUAGCUAUGAAGCAAGCAAGUAACCCGGUUGGAGUGAUUGCGAACAAAGUCGGUUUGCCAGAAGUGGCCAAAUCCUCACCGAAGAUCAUGUUGCCUGGCAAGUUUGUCAUGCAUGGGAUAUUUUCAGAUGGUUCUGGUGUUCUUGGGCUGGGUGACGUGUUCAUACCAGGGCUGAUUGCUUGCUUCACCAGGCGCUUUGACCACACUCUGCAGUGCAUUGGACGAGAGCGACUGAAGAAAAAUCGUGUCAUCACCUACUUCAACUGCUCUCUGCUAGGUUUCUGCGCUGGUAUGCUGAUGUCAACACUCGCAGUCCUGAUGUAUGGUGUGGCUCAGCCAGCCCUGCUCUACAUCGUGCCAACAUCCAUAAUACCGCUGCUACUCGUCAGCAUCCAUCACGGUGAGACGAGUGCACUGUGGCACGGCGACUGCUCUCACAUACAAGUCUUUCCCGUCCACCAGACAUAGCGCUUUGCCAUCGAGUUGAGAAGUGUUGAGUGAUGCAAUGGCUCAGGGCGAUGUAACUAUUGUGUUUGUAUUACAUCUUGCAAUUGAGCCUUUACAAAUUGAUUUCCUACUUUGAUAUAAAUGAUAUCACACAACAUAAGGGACUAAUAAUCUCAUACACUGUAUUAACACUGGCAUACUAUUGUUGUCCUUACUGGGAUACACGCCAUGACCGUUUUAAUGGGUUUUACUAUAGUGUGACCGUCACCUCCUGCAGUCAUGCCUGCAGUUGGGAGGCUAUUUAUUGUUAUUAUAGUAGAGACAAGCAAAUUCUUCUCUGACGGAUAUUCUGUUUUUGCAGCUUCUUCUCAUUGUUUCCAACCUCAUUUAGUUGUAGUCCACAGUCAUAUUCUAGUGUUGGAAUUAGUACCAGCUUUUCUUUCACGUUUUCAGUGAUAGAGGUUUGUUCCCCGGAGUAGGAGCAAUGCUAAAAUAUUAUCGCUGUUGCCUUUUAGAGCGAUAUAGUGUUUGGGGUUGCACCAGCCUAUUGCUAGCUCUCCUGUAUUCGUUGAUUCCGAAUCUUUCUGGAACCAAAUCUCAAAUUGGUUGUGGUGGAUGCUCACUCCUUAUUC